AUGUCACGUCAUCAGUUCGACUUAGUAAUGUGUAUGAAACAACCAGGAACUCAUAUUGGUUUAUUGUGUGAGAAAUGUGAUGGAAAAUGUCCCAUUUGUGAUUCAUAUAUUAGACCUAAGAAUAAAGUGAAAAUAUGCCAUAAUUGUGCAUUUGGGAAAAGUGGAUCAUCUUGUAUAAUAUGUGGGAAUCCAGGUAUUAAUAAAGCUUAUUAUUGUUGGGAAUGUUGCAAACAGGAAAAGGAUAGAGAUGGAUGUCCGAAAAUUAUCAAUAUUGGUAGUAAUAGGACUGAUAAAUAUUUUGAAAAGAAAAGUAUAGAGCAUAAAUGA